AUGGAGCUGCAGCGCACCAUACAGAGUACAGCGACAGGCGUCGUGGAGGUGCGCAAGGCGGCGUACCAGGGCUGCAGAGAAACGAAUCACCGCUGCGAGUCCAUCGGCUUCUACGGCCGCCCAAAGCCGGACAGGAGCUCUGUCUUCUUCUUCGCCUGUGCGCACCCCAUGCGUGCGCGUGCGCUGAAGAUGGACAGUGGCGAGGAUUGA